AAUGGCCUCCCACCAGGCAAUCGGUGCACCUUACACGCUUGCGACCCUCCCGCAUGCGAUUGGCAAGAGCGGUGGACGUCCGCAUGCCGCCUGUGUCUGCAGUAUCAGCAGCGGCAUCAAGAAAAAAAAGCGCACCGAGAUCGCCGUUGGACUCGACGGAGAAGGCAUUUCCAUCUAUAGCAUCCAAAAUCCGCACCUCGCGACCUCGUAUGCUCUACCACCCCAGACCUCGUUCAUAUUUGCGCCCUACUCUAUAUACCGGAAAGGCAAUUCUAAAUCCUCACCGUGCCGCUUCACGUAUGCAUUCGUACAAGAAUCAACACCCGGCGCCAAAGCACAACUUGUUUGUUUCACCGAGGAAAUCCGCAAAGACAACACUUCCGACAUUGUCAAGACCUCAUACACACUCUCAGGUUCAAACCACCAAGUAGUGGCCAUUGACUCACUUCCUGUAAAAGCCGGUGGCUCCCAACAGGAUGCGUCGCAUGAUGUUCUCGUGGUUUUCGAAAACGGCGAUGUCAUUUGCCUAUCUUUCAACCUCGAGGUUGUACGCUGGGUCGCCAAUUUGAAAACAUUAUCGCCAUCACACGGGGCCGAUCUCAGGAUUGAGCAUGUGUCUCUCAGUACCGCCAAGUCCAUCACCCAUGGUUUGCUGCGCAAUCGCCAGGACAUUGCUGCUGUACUCAACCCUGCUCUCGACGAACAGUCGGAUCUCCUGGAUCUUACACAAGUCCUCUCUGUCGUGUGUAAGCAACCAGAUAGCUUUCGAACUAUGGGCCUCUUUCGGAUAUCACCUCGAUCUCCGGAUAUCACCACAAGUCAAAUGUCCCCCGUCAAACAUCUGACUUCAUGGAACCUGCCAUUCCCCUCUUCUAUAACACAAAAGGAAGAUUCCGCGAUAUCCUAUGUCCUGCAUGCCAACACUGGCGCCUUGCAUGUACUAUACGGCAGCGACCUUUUGUCCUUUGAUCUCGCUGGGACACUGCCAAAAUUGACUUCCGUGCUUGCUGUAUCCGAUGUGAGGACCUUCCUACGCAUUUCCCAAGACCUGCUUUUUACAACCUCUCCGAAGGCUUGUCAAGUAUUGGACUCAAAAUACUCUUCAGUACAAGCCGAACUACCCUUGACUUCCAGUUUACCCACUCCUUCGAAAGACUCAAGGAAGAGAAAACAUGCGGAGCCCGAUGCCACAGACAACAGCCCGAUUACGCCAACAACGAUCUCGUACUAUGCUGAUCUUGGCUUGGUGGUCGGUACUCGAGAUUCAGAGAUCAUAGGAAUUCAGCUCGAAAUCAAUACUUCGCGGAAGAGGGUAAAGACAGAAGGCACGCGUCUAAUUGAUUCAAUUGGGAAAGGAAUCAAAUCUUCGGCCGACGACACAAAGCUGUCUGAGCAUGAGAAACAAAAAUGGCAAGACCGAAUGUCCAAACUCGACAAGUAUGCCUCCAAAGGGAAGAUUGCCAGAUUCGAGAGUCUUAUUGCUAGUGAUCUGGGUAUUGAGCUUGAGAAGGGUGAAGACAAAGCUGAAGACAAUUCAUCACUUCUCGACACCAGCGAAUUGGUCAAUGGACAAGCUAGCGCUAAAGACUCUACUGCAGAUACAGCAUCACAGGCAGAACACGACUCUGUUGACGAAUUGCCUCGUAAAUGGAAACUGCCAAGAUCUAUCCCUGAAGGACAACGUCUUCGAUAUAAGCGAUACGCUUUGUAUGCAUUGAGCAGGAUCUUUCGUUGGAUCGACUCCCCUUCUGUAGAAGAUCUACGGGGAACUCUGGGCGUGGAUUUCUUCCCUCCUAAUGUCUUCCAGUGGAUCCUUCAGUCCGGUUACCUGACUAAAGACUCGAUACGACGUGCCAUGCUCGAUGAUCCUACGUCCAGCCUAAGUCUUACGACCCCAAUCAGGGAUGGGGAAAUUGUACGAGCCAUGGUAGACUUUGACCCCGAGCUGCAUAUUCUGUCUGCUAUCCUCAACCACAGCCAUUAUCUUCCCAUUGGCGAAGUGGUCCAAGCUAUCAAGCUGCUCAUGCAGAGUCUUGAUGAUCAACCAGAAAAUGACGAGGGAACACGGCUGCUCACUAAUGGCGAAAGCACAGCGACUGAUGCCAUGGAUGUCGAUAUCGCAUCUGAGAUGGAAGCUGCCUCGAAGGAGAUCAUACGUGCACAAGCAAUGCUCGAAAACGGCUUGACCGUCCGUAGUAGCACACUACGCCCCGCACUCAUUCGCUUACACACAUUCCCAACUCCAGUGAUCAGUUCCACAUUGCGCUCCAUGCUGCCCAGACACGAUCUUGAAUCCUUAAUACGACUACUCCACCACGAGUUCCGGAAUGGCGGCUGGACAUCACCGUACCAUUUCACAGACUCCGAGGCUUUGAAUGGCAACCCACAACCCGACCAAGCCGACGACAGCGCCGUCGCGAUCGUUGCAUCUCUACUCAGCUGCACUCUCGAUGCUAUAGGCCCUGCCACCUGGCUCACCGCAAUCGGCGGUUCUGCUGCGAACGAAAGCACGGAAGAGUUGAUCUUCGAUUUGCUCGAAGACACCUCGAUCGCGCUGAACGGUUUCUGGGAAGCGACCUACAUUCGCGGUCUCGUCAGCGAAUUGCUCCGCUACUCCUCUAAAGUGCCCAAGUCAAAGAAGCCUAGUCAACAGGCGCUCCAGGCUAAAAACCAGCCGUAUGCGCUCGCGCUUAAACCGGAUGAGCUACCUAUGCUGCCGGUUGGUGCGAAGCCGGAUAUGGGUGUGGAGAAAUCGAGGUCGAAUGGCAAGAGGAAGGAGAGGAGUGCGCGUGAGAUGGGUAUGUUGAUCAGUCAGCGUGUGCCCAAGUACAGUUUCGAGCGCAUUGUCAUUUAGCUAUACUUUUUCAGUUGCAUCAUUGGAGUAAAUCGGUAAACUUUGUGAGUGUUUGAAUACAUGAAGUUCACAUGAUGAUGCUCCAGCAGUGAGAUUAUGGUGAUGUGUGCAUUAAACAUGAAUAGAAUAAUGCUUCAGUGCGUUUCCUCGCGCAUGUCUUGGAGAUAACGAGGCUUGCAUUGUGAUAGAAAUCAACUUCUCACUGCGAUGUUCAAUGAGUCAACCAUCACAUAGCACUCUUUAUCCUCUUAUAGCAUCCUGUCCAUUCAAUUGAAUCCGCAAUUGGAUCCGCAUGCGGCCAACACCCUUGACGUUCGCUAUUCAUUCCCAACUAGCAAAAAAACCCAUGAAAACAGCCCCACUUCGGCCAUUCCAUUCUACCCCACCAUCCCACCAGCUCACGCCUCACUUUUUUCAACUCAC